AUGAUCGUGUCUUCCUUCCCUAGUUUAACAGUGGUGGCCGAGGCGAGCGACCUCCGCUGCGACGUGUGCGGCCGCGACUUCGACCGCCGCUCGAGAUUGGAGGCCCAUUACAAGACGCACACGGGCGAAAGGCCUUUCUCCUGUCCGUUUUGCGGCAAGAGUUUCGCCUCCAAAGGAAACUGCAACACACACAUGCGCGUGCACACCCGCGAGCGCCCGUACCAGUGUCCGCACUGCGACAAGAAGUUCUCGCAGCACGGCCAGCUCGUGAUCCACAUCCGGCGCCACACGGGGGAGAAGCCCUACGUGUGCCCGCACUGCAGCAAGGGCUUCACCUGCUCCAAGGUGCUCAAGAUCCACGUGCGGACGCACACCGGCGAGAAGCCCUUCCAGUGCGAGUACUGCCACAAGGGCUUCGCCGCCUACGCCAACCUGGUGGUGCACCGCAGGAUCCACACCCGCGAGCGCCCCUACGCCUGCCACCUGUGCGGCCGCGCCUUCGAGCACUCGGGCAACCUCAGCCGCCACGUGCGCGUGCACAGGGUGGACGGCGGCCUGCGCUGCAUCCCCUGCGGACAGGUGUUCUCGUGCGAGCAGGACCUGGUGGCGCACACGGCGCACCACCACCCGCACGAGCACGCGCGCGAGGACGAGGCCGACGCCGACGGCCCCUCGCCGCCCGCGCCCUCCACCAUCAACCUGCAGGACCUGGAGCAGUUCCAGCCGCCGCACGGCUACCAGCCGCCCGAGUGCGAGCCGCAGCUCACCCUCCUGACGCCCCUGGCGCCCUCGCCGCCCGCCGAGACGCCCCUCCCGCAGCCGUCGGAGGCGGAGGACGCGCCGGGCGAGGCCAGGGGCUGCAUCACGCUCAGCGACUCGGAGGACUCGGGGCGCGAGUCGGGCGGCAGCACGGGCUACGCCACGUCGCCCGACCAGGCCUUCGAGCGCCCGCCGCCGGAGACGAGCCUGAAGGCGGAGGCGCCGGAGGCACCGCCGCCGGACGCCAAGCCCUCCGCCGGCCUCAUCUCCACCACCACGCACCGCGACGGCGUCAGGGAGACGCUGGCCACCUCGCUGCCCAGCGCCAUGCCCGCGCCCACGCCGCACAUCCGGAUGCCGCCCAAGAAGCAGCAGUACCCGGGCGGGGGCCGCACGCCCCUCAGCGUGCUGCGGGCGGCCCUCUCCACACAGCGCCCCAACCCCUCCGUUGCUCAAGCGUCCGCCGCCAAACCUCGCCUCUCGCGGCGCAGCCUGCGUCGUCGAUGGCGCCGCCGCCGCCCCUGGCUGCCGCGUCUCCCCCCAUCUCCUCGCUGGCGCCCCCGCCCCUGCCCAUGGGCCGCCGCCCACCUCGACCAUGGCGCCGCCGCCCCCUCCUCCCUGGGGCCCCCCUCGCGGCCCGCCUGGUGCCCCCACGGUGGCGGUGCCCCCCGACGGCCCCUUCCCGCCCGAGCCCAGCGGCCAGAACUCGCCCCCACCUCAACAUCCACCAGCUGUCCCUCGGCCACCAGACCUCGGCCGCGGGGCACGCCACGCCCGUCGGCCUCGGCGCGGCGCCCUUCGCCGCCUGUGCCCCCCGAGGCCGAGGCGCACGGCGGGGAGGCCUCUGCGGCGGAGCGCCUCUCGCCCCUCUACCGCUCGUCGCCGCGGCCGCCGUCGCCCGCCGACGCCGACGCCAACCCCCUGGACCUGUCCCGCCCCCCCGGCCCCCCCGGCGGCGGCGGGGCGGACGCGUCGCCGCUGAACCUGUCGCAGCGCCUCGCCGGCGCGCACCCUGGCGGUGCUGAGUCAUGCCUCGUCGGCUACGGCGGCCAGGCGGCCCACCUGCUGACGCCGGCGCCGCCGCUCCCCAGCCACCUCCUGACGGCGCCGCUGCCCGCGCCGGCGUCCUCUCGCUCCAACAUCCUGCGGAGGAAGUCGGCCGACGUCGCGCACGCCGACCCCAAGAAGAACAAGUCCCGGAAGGUGGCGCCGCCGCCCCUCAUCCCCAUCCGCAGCCCCGAGGAGGCUCCCGCGCCCGCCCCUUCCUCCCGCCCGCCGGAAGCGCUCGCCCACCACCACCCUUCCUCCAUGCCCGCGCCGCCCCCCUCCUCCUCCGCCUGCCACCCCUACCGCGCCCACAUUCCCUCGACGCCCACGUCCGCGCCCUCCACGCUGGUCUCGUACGCGCCCGCCCUCUCCACCACCUCCAAGACCUCGCCCGCGCUGCCCUCGAGCCUGUCGCCCCCGCUGUCCGCGCCCGCGCCCCACGCCCCCGCGAUGCCCUCGAGGCUGCAGCUGCCCAUCCCGUCGCCGCGCUCCAAGCUCGAGGAGCCCGAGCCCGACGUCAUCGUGGAGUCCGACCUGCCCAAGGACAAGUUCCUCUCGUGCUCGAAGCCGAACCUCUCGUGCAUCUUCCCCGACUCGAGCGGCGGCGGCGGCGGGGGGGGCGGGGGCGCGCCCUCGCCCCUCGAGAGCAUGAGGGAGAACAUCCAGAGGUCGCUGCUGUCGCUCCUGCCCGGCGAGCACGAGGCCGCCUCCUUCAAGAGGAAGGUCGAGACGGCGCUGGUGGUGCUCGUCGGCGAGGCGCCCAUGAAGCAGCUUGGAUACCCGAGAAGACGGCCGAGCAGAUCUCUAAUAAAAGUUCUGAUCACCAUCCUGGACAUGGCUGGCAAAGGCCCCUGCGCAGACGUGAGGGUGGACGAACUGCAGCGUCUGAAGGUCAACAUGAGAAAGUUCCUCGAGUACGGCUUCCCCUCGAGGACGAGCUGGGAGGAACUCGGCUGGAGCGGCAGGUCCAUCGACAGCAUCAUGGACAACAUCAUCUCGUGGAUCUCGCAGAGACAGAACUCAGGAAUGAAGGGUUUACACGUCGGGUUCCUCGAGAAGGGAGGAGGGAUAGGAGGGAUAGGAAGUGGAGCAGGAGGAGGAGGAUAUAGUGCAUAUAGUGACUAUCAACAGUCAUGA